AUGACUGAAUCAAGCACAAAACCUCCUACCCGUCAAGAAAGAAAGCGCUGUUGGUUCUUGAGAGAUCAAUAUUUCGGAUGUCUCGAUAAAUUAAACAUUACUGACCCUACCAUUGUUGAAAAGAACCCUGAAAAAGCAACUGAAUGUUUGGAAUUAAAGAAAGGAUAUGAGGAAGGAUGCAUGGCUAGUUGGGUUGAAUAUUUCAAUAAACGUCGUGUGUUGGAUUUACGGCAGAAGCAGUAUUUGGAGUUUUCUCAACAGCAAUCUGGAAAAUAA